GUUUCCAGCGGAGGAUUCGGGGUGUGCGCUGGUGUCCUGCCACCGAAGGGCCUCUGGGACGGAGGGCAAGGGGAAAGGCCAGCGCUGGCCUCCUCUUGCCACCUCUUUGCUUCUGAUCGCCGCCCUGACCGGCUCCGAACCUGCCUGCCUGGGUUGGUGGGCGUGUAGUUGGGAUUGGCCGGACCGGGACGGGAUGGUGGCUGCGACGGGGGCAGGACUUGGUCAGCCUCUGGAGCAGCGGGGAGAUACAGCUCCGUGUGAACGUCGGAGAAAGUGAAACCAAACAGUGAGGAAGCCAGAGCUCCAGGGGAAACGAAAAUGGAAGAGAAUCCAGGUGCGGAUCUGCUUGGAGCUGGACCAGCCCAGGGUGAGGUGGGGAGCACAGCAGAGUGUCCUGGGCACCAAGAGGCCACCCAGGAAACGCCUGGGCACCAAGAGGCCACCCAGGAAACACCUGUGCACCAAGAGGCCAUGCAAGAAGCACUUGGGCACCAAGUGACAGGCAAGUGCCUGGAGACAUCCUGCAAACCAGAGGAGAGCUCUUCAGCGUGUGAAUCAGCUGCUGAUGGUGGAGAGACAACAAUCCUGGGUUCAGCUGGUCCCACACCAGAGGAAAAAGCUGCCCAGGAAACUGAAGUAUUGCCAGAAGAAUCUGACAAGACAAGAGAAGGUGUCUCAGAAAGACCUCUGGAAAAAGAGGACUUGGAUGAAGCUGGGCUGGGCCAUGAGAAUGUGGAAAGCAAAGGAGACAGCCCUGUCGACCAGGAAACACGGGAGCACCAGGAGACAACUGGGCAGUGUGAAAGCCUCUGCAAAGCAGAGGAAGAUGCUUCAUCAACAAGCAAGGUGCAGAGCUCUGACAAUGAAAUGACACAUUUGGAUGUGACUGGUGUGGAAGAUGUCCCCAGGAGCCACUUGGCAGAGAAGAGCAGCAGUGCUACUCUCCCAGACUGGGAGCCAGAGGCACUCAGAGAGCAAGAAGCACAGGAGAGCGAGUCCCAAGGCACAUUAAGGAAAAGACCAAAAGGGGACACAGCCCCAAACCCAGAGACUCUGUCUUCCCUGCAGAACAUCACUACCCAAAACACAGAGCAGGAGAAGGCCAAAAAGUCCCUCCUGUGGAAAGGUGAGGAAAAGAAGCUUCCCUUGCAUGUUACUCAUCGACCAGAAGGCACUGAUCCUCCAGGAGCAAGGCUUUUCAUCGUGGGCCUCAUAGUGCUGGGCUUGUGCAUCUUCUGCUUCGGCAGCCCGAGCUCCAGCUCGCAGCAGCCCCGCAAGAACCCCACGGUGGAGGCAUUCCUGUCCCAGUUCGAGCAGCUGCAGCACAGGUUCCCGGGCCAGAGCCCCGACCUGUGGCUCCGCGGGCGCAAGUUCCUGCGGAAGCACCUGAACGCGUCCCAGCCCACGCAGCCGGCCAUCAUCAUCCUCACGGCCGCCCGCCGCGGCGAGCGGACCCUGCGCUGCCUCAGCGCCCGCCUGGCCGACUCCUACUCGGCCGCCCUGCACGGCGGCACGAUGCAGAUCGAGGGCAGGGACAAGGCCAGGCUCCACAGCGACCAGGCCAAGCUGGAGGUGGACUCGGAGCUGAGCUCGGCCUUCCAGGCCGGGGGCCGAGCCGCGGUGGUUCACCGCUUCGAGCUGCUGCCCGCGGGGGCCACCCUCAUCUUCUACAAGUACUGCGACCACGAGAGCGCCGCCUUCAAGGACGUGGCCCUGCUGCUGACGGUGCUGCUGGAGGAGGACGUGCUGGAGAGGCACAUCAGCCUCCAGCAGGUGGAGGAGAAGGUCCAUGACUUCCUCUGGGCCAAGUUUACCAGCACCAGCACCCCCAGCUCCUACGACCGCAUGGACUCUGACAAGCUGAGCGGGCUGUGGAGCCGCAUCUCCCACCUGGUCCUACCCAUCCACCCGGUGCAGACCAUCGAGGAGGGCGGCUGCAAUGCCAAACCCUAGGGACAAAAAUGGCCAGAGCCCUGAGGAGGGUUGGAAAGAUGGUCCUGGCUGGCUCUGGUACAGGCAGAGGCACAACUGGUGUUACUUCUCUUCAAUUUGACUCUUGUAGGUUCCUGGGAAGAGUUUGACAGGUGCAUGUUGAUCUAGGACAUUUUGGAAGCUGAGUCCUGGAAGUGAUACACGUUUCCUUCUGGCAGAUGGGCACAGGGGGUGUUUUAGAGUUCCACAGGAGAACAUCAAUGUGUGGGGAGGCAGGAGGGAAAACGGGACCUGGCAGGUAGCAUUUCUAUCAAGGAAUAGACUAAUAAUGUUCACAACUAGUACGGCAGAAGGAUGCUGGGAUUCAACAGCUCUUUCAUCUCUCCCUGCCCCUCAGCUUGCUAAAGUUGUGUUCAUCAGUCUCACAAUAUACUUUAUCCAGGGAGCUGCUGGAACACAGAAAGGUCAAAUUAUUCAAAGCCCACCAUUUUGAAGGCAUGCUUGAAAAAGAAAAGCAGUUUGCCAGUCAAGGGUGUGACCUGUCAGCCCCAGUAGUGUCCCACUUGCACAGCCUGAUUGACACCAGGAAAAGCCCAGAUCCUCAAACAAACUUGCAAUUCAUAGCCCUCCUGAACAUCAAGUACCAGAAAUGUCAUGUUGUCAGCACUUGAACACUACCCUAAUGGCAAGGAUCCCAUGAGGGGAUCCCAAGUGCCAGAGAACAAGCUCCAGAGCCAGAGCAAUGAAACAGUUGUUGUCACUGUAAUAGUGUGAAGCAUCAAGGGAUUACACAGGUUAAAAAAUGAAUAAUACAAUGUAAUUUAAUGCUUCCUCUCUCUAAAACAAGUCCACUCGGUCCCUUUGCCACACAAAGCCUGUGACUCUCCCCUCUGGCUGAUGCUUUGGUCUCACACAACAGAUUGUUCUUCACCUGGAUCUCUGGUCUGUGUGCAGGGCUGGCAGCCUGUCUGUCAGCCUCUCUCCAGGUGACUUCUAUUGAUGAAUGUAGAUGUUAACACUGAUAUUUCAAACCAUGUAGGGUAGCACACCAGGUCCUUCCCCUCCAAGGAUACAUUUGCCUCCCUUCCAGGCAGAUGGAGCUCUGGCAUCUGCCAAAGCAAGUAGAAGCAGAGCUGGGUUAGCUGGUAAAGACAAAAUCUCAGCCAUUAACACUAAAAAUCCUUGACAAAGCAGGUUUAAUUUCUUUCCGUGCCUUCUCUUCUGCAUCCUAGGAAGAGAAAUCCAACUUCUAGAAACACUGUGGUUUCCCCACACACUGUUUUUGCAGGUGCUGUGGGGCAGAGCAGCCAACUCAGGAACACCUGGAGGGGCAGGUGCAGGUUACAGCAUUUAUUAUAACCCAAGGGGCAGCCCCAGGGACCAGCCCCAGGUGCCUGUGCAGAAGGAGCAGCUGUAGCAGAGCCAGGCUCUGUGUCCAAGCAAGAACAAAUCCACAGCACCACGGUGUUUUUAGCAGCUGCACAUCAGGGUGUUCCUUACAGCAGCUGGACCCUGGUGUUGGAUGGGUCUCCUGCCAACAGUGCCUUGCUGACCUGCCCCACCAAGGGCUCGGGGAGGGGCAGCCCUCCACCCUAAAAACCACAGCCUGUCUCUUCUUUCCCCCUGCCGUGUGCCUUGACAUGUCCCAAGGGAUUAGUGGCCCUUAACUUUGAGGAGGGGACAAAAUGAAGGAAGAGGGAGGGUUAUUUGUUCAUGUUCUGGCCAAAGAACAGAUUUUUGGUUGGUUGGGGAUGUGAAGACAAGACCACAGGGGUUUUAACCGUGGUAAACCCUGGGCUAAGCGUGAGAACUACCUGCUGGAGCUCAGGGCAUGGUUUGAUAGAAGACACAGGUGGCUUCCUCCUCCCCCUCUUUUCUAUUGCUGUACACUACUUUGGUGAGAGAAAACACUGUGUCCUGCUCUGCAGGAUGUUGAUGUAAGAACCAGCAGAGCAUUAAUCAUGCUAUGCCAGUAUUUUGUUGGAAAUCUGUAUUUUAAUAUUCUCUCUCUCUGUUUUACAUACUGUGUUUGCAAGGCAUAGCCCAGGUAUGCAAAGGCAACUCCCCAUUGCUGAAGUGUCACCCACCUGAGUUCUUCCAAUACAGAGAUAUUUUUGUAGCCUUUUAAAGACAAAUAUCUGCUUGCUGCUGCAACAGGACUUCUAUUUAAAAAUAAAAGGUGAGAUUGUGAAAGAAGCCAGCAAAGUGA